AUGUCGGAUCGCAACCAUGCCUCUCCAGAGAGGAUCACCGUCACCUACGCAGCAUCUCAAGCUGUCAUCAACGCGCCUCUCACACCACACUUUGUCCAUCUCUUGAGAGAGCAGCUCCCUCUUCGCAACCUUCAUUGGCGUCCAAGCCAGUCGACCCUCGAUGCCAUCGCAGCACGCGCUGCUCAGCAGGGCAAGACCGCGUACACCUCCUCUUCCGUCGUGCCAGGCUCUACGAUCCGCACAAUACAGACGCUCGAUGUUGCCCUCAAGCCCCUCACGGAUGAGAUUCGGCGCUGGCGAGGCGAUCCCGGCUUCUUCGAGCAGCCCGGGGGAGCAGGAUUGCUGGAUCGUCCCUUUGUCCACCUCUACCUCGUGGUAUGCGAGGAUAGCGAGCACUACCGCACCACCGUCCGCAACGAGAUCCGUUCUUGGAUCAGCAGCCUUUCCUUCUUUCACUCCAAGCAAGCCGUCGCGUCAGCCGGCACACCAACACUAGCAUCCUCGUCCAGAACGUCACUCGGGCUCGGAUCCUUUCGCUCUGGAACGCCCCCUGUACGCUCAGAGACGCCGCCAAUUGUGCCGUCCAGCUCGGGAAGGAACACGCCGACCAGCUCGUCCGUGUCCACCAAAGCGAGCUCGAACACCGCCGCCUACUCGGGUCCAAGUGAGCCCGAGUAUCUGAUUGUACUCAUCACGCCGCCAGAAGGUUCGGGCAUACGUGCAUCCGAUGGUCCUAGCGCUGCCGGCGCAGAUGCGAAAACAGGCAUGAGCAGGUUCAUGAACAAAUCCAAGGGCAAUGUGCUCGAAAAGAUUCGCGCCGACUUCAACACAUCCAAAAAAGAGCAUGUAGUGCAGCUCUCUCGACUGCCACCAGUCCCCUCCGCCCCGCUCGGCAGAGCAGGCAUGCACUCGAUGGACCCCACCAUCUGGGCGGAGCUGCUCACAAAGAUGCGCGAAGCCGCCUCGUCCACGUUCACUACCACCAUCGAAGCGCAAGAAGAGGAGAUCGCUCGCUGCGGGGUCACCAAAGCCCAACAGGGGUGGGACUUCUGUAGCUACUUUUUCGCCAAAGACUCGCUCGCUCGCACACUCGAAGCAGUCGGGCUCAAGGAUGACGCCGUAGGACAGUACGAAGAUCUCGAGAUCGUGUUUGCAUCGGCGAUGCAGAGCGGCGCCGUCUCCUUUGCCCCUGUGGGUGGAGACGAUCCAGACGACGACUCGCUACCGCUACUCGACGUAACCAAAAAGCCGUACGCGGAGCUCAUUCGCCGGCGCGAGAUCUCGCUGUUCGACUUUCGAUGCUACCUCUUCGCACGCAAGUCGGCGCUGCUGGGUAAGAUGGGGAGGGUGGCUGCUGUGAUGCGCGAGGCACCGAUCUUUAUCAGUGCGGUAGGAAGGAUGCUCAAGCGGAACAGGGGGCUGAGCAGCCAGUGGAUCGAGUCAUGGAUCUUCUCGGCAGCGCUUGACGUCGUCGAACAGUGCCAGGCGUGGCUGAUCCAGCGUGGUGGCCAGUCCUCAGUGACUGCGGAUGACCAGCUCAGUCCCGCUUUCCAGUCAAACAAGUCGGAGCUGCUCGAUGUGGCGAGACGGCAACUGGACCGCAUCGGGGUGGAAGCCGGGCAUCUUCCCGCAUCCGAGCCUUUCGCCUUUGCUACGUCGCAAGACUCCAUACACAACUCCUCAGCUCAGGAUCGCGAGCUACCGCUUCUUCCCGACGCUACGGACAGUGGAGCAGUCGAAGGUCUCGGCCUGGGUGCCGCAGUAACGCUUGGCCAGCAACGUGGCACCUCUCGUCCAGAGCUCCAGCAAGCAGUCAAGUCCCGUGAGCACUUCGAUUCCUACUAUCUUGCUCUGUGCCAGCGCAUCCUCUCAGGCUGGAAAGCAUCAUCCCGAACGCGCGACGUGUUGCGCAUACGCAACAUGAUUGCAACGCUGCACUACGUGCGGGGCAACUACCAGACCGCCUACGACAUCCUGGUCUCGUUAAAGGAAGCAUACGCCGAGUCCAAGUUCACCCUGCUUGAAGGGCACGCGUUGGCGAUGCAGCUCGAGUGCCACGCCAAGCUCAACCAUGCUCGCGAUCGCGCCUGGAUCGCCGCCGCGCUGGCUUUGCUGAAGAUCAGCGUCCUCCACCCCAUCUCGACGGUCAGCAUCGAGGGUCGGACGGCGCAGUGGCUCGAUCCUGCCCAUCUCUGCGCCCAACUGCGCCCGGCUUCGACAUCCCUCGGCAAAGAGAUCCCCAUCUCGGCCUUCCCACUCUUCUCCAUCAGCCUCAGCACCACCACCGCCACUCUUGCGCAAACAGAGGAUGGCUCGAUCCUUCAUGUUGACGUGACCUCCCUCCUUCCCUGCGUGCAGACGGUCGAGGACGUGCGCAUCUGCCUCACUCGCAACAGCGAAACCCAAUGGUACACGUCGUCCUCAACGAAGCUGGCUCCGGGCGUGACACGAGUCGAGCUCUUCUGUCCGAACCCAAUCCAUGGCGUGUACACCGUCGACGUGACGCAGAUCCGUCUAGCCCGGCUGAUCUUUCAGUACGAGCACGCGUCCGAACCGCUUUUGGUGCGGGUAUCCAAGGAUGCAGAGGCGCCCAGUGUCCGAGUUGAAUUGCCGCGUCAGAUCGACCUGGAUCGAGGCCGGGCGAUGGAGGUGACGGUGCGUGCGGGGCGGGCCGAGAUCCAGGGAGCGGAGAUCAGCGUUGUUUCCAGCGAUGACGCGGCUGUGGUGGACUACUACGCCGCGAGGUGCGACGGUGGACCGGGCAACACCGCGGAGACGAGUGUCUCGAUCCAGUCGCUUGGCAAAGACAGCGAGAUUGUCGUCCUCCUUCCCCUUCUUUCCGUGCCGGACUCGGGCGUUCUCGACGCCAUCGUCAUCCUCACCUACACCACCGCCGCCUCAUCGCGUCACGCGUCAGCCAAGAAGCGGAUGCUGAAACAACCCAUCCACCUCCGCACAGCCCUUCCCCUCGGCGUCAACGUCCAGGACUUUUUCCGCACCUCCUGUCUCUUUAGCAAAUUCACCAUCUCCGCCGGUGGUGGGGGCAGCAUCCGUCUCCGACCGGUCGCCAUGGUGCACGACGAGGGCCACGAUGGAUCGUUCACGAUCGACUCGAGCGGCUCAAAGCGCGAAGUGACAGUAACACCAAGGCAGCCGGCGACGUAUUUGUUCCGCAUCGCCAAGAGUGGAGGCGGGAAAGGGAGGUUGAGGUUGGAGGUGGAGUAUCGGGCGCUGCAGGAUGAUGCGGUGGCUGCUGCGGUGCGUGCACUACACAUUGUGGUGCGAGGGACAGGGUUGAAAGAGAUGAGGCUGUUGGAGGAGGCGCUGGUGGAAUAUGUGCGGGAGAGGUUGGAUUUGCCGGCGUACUCGAUCACGGGGCAGGUGAGGACGGGUGUAUUGGACGAGGGUUGGUGGCGAAGAGAGAGACGGUCUUGGGGUCCAUCGUCGCUGGGACUGGACGAGGUGCUCGGCUUGGUACAGUCCGCGCUGGAUGCGAUUCCCACUUCUCAGGAAAAGGGGGAGGAGGUGUGGCAAAAGCUGACGAUCCCCGUCGACGUGCCCACCAUCGACUAUGUCAAUGCCGUCACGCUGAGCGUCGCCUCGCCUGCCACCAUCGGCAGUACAGACCCCACACCCAGCGAGCUAGCGUCGCUGAUCGUGGGACAACCCGUCGAGCUCACCGUCUCGAUCCGGACAUCCACCCUCUGGUCCAACGCGUCCACCGAUGAGGAGGAGUCGAUGCUGUACGACGUCCUGCCCGAUUUCGACUCCUGGCUGGUCGACGGGUCCAAGCGCGGCACCUUCCCUCUCGCCACUACGAAGCAAGCCUCGCUAAGCACGCUCAGAGAGGACGCGACGUUCAGCGUCACGCUGACGAUCGUGCCGCUGAGAACGGGCGAAUUGGCCCUGCCAAGCGUGCAGGUCAGACCGCUGUCGUCCGUCGUGCCCCAACCAGAUGGGAGGGCAAGGACGUGCGAGACGUACGUCACGAACGCAGCGCAACGGGUCACUGUGGUACCCGCCAAGGGGGUCAAAGCGUUCUUCGUGCCGAUGGGCGGCAAGCGGUGGUCCAUGCCACCCGGAGCCGGCCUCGAGGGCGGACAGAGCAUCGAUGUUGGUCGCCAACGGUACCCUUGGCCCAGUCAACAGCUGCACGCUGCCUAA